AUGGAGGAAAGUGAAGGAGUUGAUGAUCAGAACUCAGGAUGGUUCCAAGUCAAAAAGAAGCAUAGGAAUGUUUCAAAAUUCUCCUUGCAGAGUUGGAUGGGGGGAUUUUCAGGGAAAAGUUCUUCUAGCUCUCAAGGGAAACAGCAGUCCAUGACUAAAAAGGAAAACAGUUCACAUGGAAAGCAGAAAACUCGUGUUUCUAGGUCCAGGGAGAGUUUUUUACAAAGCCCUGUUCCUGUAAGUGUUGCGAGUUCCCCUUCUGUGUCAAAGGAAGAGGUGGGCACAAGCUAUAUUAAUACAAAUGUGAGUGGACCUAAAAUUGUAAUUCAGAAGUCAGAUCCGCUAAUUAGCACGGAAUCCGAAGGUAAACAUGAAGAAGCUAAGAAGUUACACCAUACUGAUAAGACUGAUGUAGUCCAGCAAUCAAGACGGGGUGAUUUGAGGGAGGGGGGCCUGACACUUCGGCCACAUGAAAACUUGAUUGGAGUUGGAAUUAAGUUUGGUAGUAUUGGAGAUGAUAGUUUGCUCAGCUGUAAAAAGCAUGAAAUUACUUCUGAUCAUGUUGAUUCAUAUCAUGCCCAAGAAAAAGAUUCGACUGCACCAUCUGCUGGUGUAGAGACUGUUCAUGAUCCGAACUCUUCAUUUAGAUGUGUGGAUGAAGUAUUGGGAGAGAAUAGUGAGGAUGUUAAGAAUACAUCUCUGGAGCAUUCCAACAUUCUAGAAGUGAAUGGGGAAAAAGUUGGUCUAGAAGAUGAUGCAUUAUAUUGUGAUGAUAAAAAUGAAGAAGUAAGUAAACCAGCAACCGACGAUGGGGUUGAUAAUGAACAUUUGACGUCCAAAGAUGAUGCGGUGGUUGCAAAUCAAGUGCAUAGCCUUAUCAAUGUGGCAAGUGAUAUCAAAAAUUCGGAAAUGCCAGAGCAAAAUUGCAGCUCAGAGGAUACUUCCUCACAAGUGCCCGAAAUUUUCAUGGAUUCCACUUCUGUUGAAGAGGUUAGGGAUCAAGCCGAUGGUAAUGUGGAAAAUGUUUUUUCAGGACCACAUAAUAUGGUUGCUCUAGAAGAAGGUAAUGUGGAAAAUGUUUCUUCAGGACCACAUAAUAUGGAUGCUCUAGAAGAAGCCGGUUCAAAUGAAAGCAGAGAAAGGUUUAGACAGAGGCUUUGGUGCUUUCUAUUUGAGAAUCUUAAUAGGUCUGUAGAUGAACUGUAUCUUCUAUGUGAACUAGAAUGUGAUUUGGAUCAGAUGAAAGAGGCAAUUCUUGUUCUUGAGGAGUCUGCAUCUGAUUUUAAAGAGCUAAUCGCUAGAGUUGAGGAAUUUGAAAAGGUUAAAAAGUCCUCUCAAGUAGUUGAUGGAGUUCCUGCCCUUUUGAAGAGUGAUCAUCGCAGGCCACAUGCUCUCUCAUGGGAGGUCCGCCGGAUGACAACUUCACCUCAUAGGGCAGAUAUACUGUCUUCAUCUCUUGAGGCUUUUAGGAAGAUUCAACAAGAGCGUGCUAGUAAUAACACAGAAAAUUCCAUGUCUAAAUGUUUGACUUCUGAAUCUGUUGGCAAUGUAAAAAUAUCUAUGGUCAGUGAUGGAACUCACAAUGCCAAAGAUCCAGUGACAAAGUCAAGAAAGCAUAUCGUAUCUUCUGUUGCUAUCACGGUGCAAAGUGGAUGUGACACACGCAAAAGCAUAUUAGCUUCAGAAGUUAAUUUAUCAAAAUUACCUCCCUUGGAAAGUUCUUCUUCUUUUGCCUCUACCAAGGGUAAAAGAGACCACCUUGGAUCUGGGGCUGACAAGCUGCUUUCUAAGAAAGAUAAGGCACCAAUAGUAGUUAUUAAUGAGAAGAACCCCAGGCCCAUAGAUAGCCUUAGGAGGCAGAUGCCGCUGUCUGAAAAGGACAAGGAAAAGAGGAGUACUGCACCUGGAAAGUCCUUGAAUGCUUGGAAGGAGAAGAGGAAUUGGGAGGACAUACUUUCAUCUCCAUUUCGUGUUUCUUCCCGCAUGUCACAUUCACCAAGCCUCAGCAGGAAAAGUGCCGAGCGUGUGCGUACACUGCAUGAUAAACUAAUGUCUCCUGAAAAAAAGAAGAAAACAACUUCCGACUUAAAAAAGGAAGCUGAAGAAAAGCAUGCUCGGGCUAUGAGAAUCAGAGGCGAGUUAGAGAAUGAGAGAAUCCAAAAGCUCCAGCGUACGUCUGAAAAAUUAAAUCGUGUCACUGAGUGGCAUGCUGUUCGUCAUAUGAAGUUACGAGAAGGCAUGUUUGCCCGCCAUCAACGGAGUGAAUCUCGUCACGAAGCCUUUCUAGCUCAAGUGGCAAAGAGAGCUGGAGAUGAAAGUAGCAAAGUAAACGAGAUUCGAUUCAUUACUUCCUUAAAUGAUGGAAAUAAAAAAUUGAUAUUGCGUCAGAAGCUUCAUGAGUCAGAGUUGAGAAGAGCUGAAAAGCUUCAGGUGAUAAAAUCUAAGCAAAAGGAGGAUCUGGCAAGGGAAGAAGCUGUUCUGGAACGUCGAAAACUCAUUGAGGCUGAAAAGUUACAGCGUCUUGCUGAGAUACAAAGGAAAAAGGAGGAGGCUCAAGUCAGAAGGGAAGAAGAAAGAAAAGCAUCAAGUGCAGCACGGGAGGCAAGAGCAAUUGAACAGCUCCGUAGAAAGGAAGAAAGAGCCAAAGCACAACAAGAAGAGGCGGAACUUUUAGCACAAAAAUUGGCAGAAAGACUUAAUGAGAGUGAACAACGUCGCAAGAUUUACCUGGAGCAAAUUCGGGAGAGAGCUAAUUUGAGGGAUCAGUCAUCCCCUUUGCCCCGUCGAUCAUUGAAUAAAGACGGACAAGGUAGGUCUACACCUACAAACAGCAGCGAUGAUUCUCAGACAAACAUUGCAUCAGGAGUAGGUUCUAGUCUUGGAGUUGGCAAUAUCGCAUCACAACCCUCAAUAAAGAGAAGAAUUAAGAAAAUUCGACAAAGGCUUAUGGCUUUAAAGUAUGAGUUUGUUGAGCCCCCUCUUGGUGGUGAAAGUGCUGGAAUUGGAUAUAGAGUAGCAGUGGGUGCUGCCAGGGCAAAAGUUGGCCGAUGGCUUCAAGAACUUCAAAGACUUCGGCAAGCAAGAAAAGAAGGGGCCUCAAGUAUAGGGCAUAUAAUUUGUGAAAUGAUCAAGUAUUUGGAGGGAAAGGACCCUGAGUUACAAGCAUCUCGACAAGCUGGACUACUUGAUUUUAUUGCUUCUGCCCUGCCUGCUUCUCACACAUCCAAACCUGAAGCAUGCCUGGUUACAUUGCACCUGUUAAAACUUCUGAAAGUCGUACUAUCUGCACCUGCAAAUAGGAGUUAUUUUAUUGCACUGAAUCUUCUGCCCCCAAUCAUCCCGAUGCUUUCAGCAGCUCUUGAGAACUACAUAAAGAUUGCAGCAUCUCUAAGUACUCCUGGCAAUGUCAGUUUGCCCUCAACUAAAACAUCUGCGGAGAACUUUGAAUCGAUUUCUGAAAUAUUAAUUAAUUUUUUGUGGACUGUUACUGCUAUUUUUGGCCAUAUAAGCUUAGAAGCAAGACAACUUCAGAUGCGUGAUGGUUUGCUCGAGUUAUUGAUUUCCUAUCAAGUGAUUCACCGGUUGAGAGAUCUUUUUGCACUUCAUGAUAGGCCUCAGAUGGAAGGGUCAGCAUUUCCAGCUCCUAUUGUCUUAAGCAUACAUCUUUUGAUGGUUUUGACUUCCAGACCUGGUAAGUUGAGUUAUAUUGACUGGGAAUCUUCCCCUGUGCCAACAGAGCAGGAAAUCGGCAGUGAAGGGGUUAAGUUUGCAAAUUCCGUACUCUCGAUAGUGAAGAACUCUCGGGGAGAUUACAACCCCUUAAUCAACAGUGGCUCUGUUAUGCCUUUGCCUGAUGUCCCCGAGGAUAGACCACUGGAUGAAAUAAGUAAGGUGGAUAGGAAUGAAGACUCGUUUUCUAUUGGCAAGGGCUGUGAAUUGGAGCAUGAUAGUAGUUCUGUUAAAUUGAAAAACAAUGAUGUGGAGAAGAUCGCUAAUCUAGAUGAGUCUAAGAAAAACCAGAAUGAUGAUGCUGUGACUUAUGUUGUUCCCCAGAGAGAUGAAAAACUUACAGCGCAAAAAAAUGAAAAAGAGUCAAAUUUGGCUCAGCCAGUGGUAUUCCUUCUUUCGUCUGUUUCUGAAACUGGACUUGUCAGUCUCCCUUCUCUUUUGACUGCUGUUCUUCUGCAGGCAAACAAUAGAUCAUCCUCUGAACAGGGUUCUUUUAUCCUGCCAUCUAAUUUUGAAGAGGUGGCAACUGGAGUAUUGAAGGUGUUGAAUAAUGUGGCUCUUUUGGAUCUUGCAUUUUUGCAGAGAAUGCUGGCUAUGCCAGAUCUGAAAAUGGAAAUCUUCCAUUUGAUGAGCUUCCUUCUUUCUCAUUGUGCCAGCCGGUGGAAAGCUCCUAAUGAUCAGAUUGGUUCACUUAUGCUUGAAUCAUUAUCUCUUCUUGGUCACUUUGCACUGCUUCAUCCUGGAAAUCAAGCUGUCCUUCGAUGGGGAAAGAGUCCCACACCCACCAUCCUCCACAAGGUAUGCGAUCUGCCAUUCGUUUUCUUCAGUGACCCAGAGUUGAUGCCAAUAUUGGCUGGCAUAUUAGUUGCUGCAUGCUAUGGGUGCGAGCAGAACAAGUUCAUGGUUCAGCAAGAACUAAGUGUUGACAUGCUACUUUCCUUGCUAAGAUCUUGCAGAACUGCUGCACCUGCGAUUCAAUUUAAUUCAAACUUAGACAAUAUCACAACAGAUGAAUCUAGUGGGAGUAAUCAAUCAGGUAUCGUAAAACACGGCCGUUCCAAUGGCAAAGGCACUAGGGCUUCCUUUGGGAAGGGCGGUGCUUUGGGAAAUGGCACGAAAAGUAGUAGCAGGGCAAGAAGCCUGCGGGAUGGCAAGGCAACUAAGAAUUCAGACGAAGCGAUUCCUAAGUACUCACAUUCACUGUUGCAUUGUAGAUUUCCUCACAGUUUCCUUGAUAAAGUAGAGCAGUUCUUUUCAACUGAUAUUACAAACGAGGUUGAUUAA